UGCAAAGUUGUAUAAAAUACUUUGACGAGAAAAUUUUGUAGAAAGUUCCAGCGACUGCCACCCAGACAUCGAAGGCUGCUUUCUGCUUCAUUUCCGUCGAACUGAAGAAGCGGUGCGGUGGAAUCCCCGAAGCAGAAAUGGGGGACCGAUUCUUUCCGAACUCAAUGCCGGACUUCGUACCAGAAACUGCAGCUGCUGUAGAAUCGAGUGGAGAUUCGUUUCUGAAGGACCUCUCAAUGCCUUACCCAAUCAUCUCAGAGCGCUUCAAACGGGCGGCUUUGGACCUCAAAGAAGCUAUAGUUUUGGAGACAUGGGGAGUUACUGGGCAACGAGUCCGAGAUUUCACACUCUAUUCUGGAGCUCUUGGAACAGCUUUAUUGCUGUUAAAAGCUCAUGAGGUCACUUCAAAUCAUAUUGAUCUUAGUCUGUGCGCCCAAAUUGUUAAGGCCUGUGAUCAAGCGUCUUCCAUGUCCACGGAUGUGACUUUCAUUUGUGGGCGUGCUGGUAUCUGCGCUAUUGGAGCUGUGGCCGCAAAGCGUGCUGGUGAUGAGCAGUUGCUCAGUUACUAUCUAGGUGAAUUUAAUGAGAUUAAGCUACCAAGCAAUCUUCCGGACGAGUUGUUAUAUGGAAGAGUCGGUUUCUUGUGGGCAUGCCUAUUUUUAAACAAAUACAUCGGUGCAGGAACAAUUGCCUCGGUUCACACUAGGGCAGUUGUAGAGGAAGUUAUCCGACGAGGAAGGGCGCUGGCGAAGAGAGGAGGGUCGCCAUUGAUGUUUGAAUGGUACGGUGAGAGGUAUUGGGGUGCUGCACAUGGACUGGCAGGAAUUCUCCAUGUUCUGAUGGACAUGGAGUUGAAGCCAGAUGAGAUUGAAGACGUGAAAGGCACCAUUAGGUACAUGAUCCAAAACCGAUUCCCCAGUGGAAACUAUCCUUCAAGUGAAGAAGAUAGGAACAGAGACAUCCUUGUGCAUUGGUGCCAUGGCGCUCCUGGAAUCGCCCUCACGCUUGUCAAAGCAGCACAGGUUUUUGGAGAAAAAGAGUUCGUGGAAGCGGCAGUGGAAGCGGGAGAGGUGGUAUGGAGGCGUGGGCUGCUGAAGCGAGUAGGGAUAUGUCAUGGGAUAAGUGGGAAUUCUUAUGUGUUUCUGUCGCUAUACCAACUGACAAGGAAGGUGGAGUACUUAUACAGGACCAAAGCCUUUGCUUGCUUUCUGCUUGAUAGAGCUCACAGGCUGAUUGCAGAGGGAGAGAUGCAUGGAGGCGACAGCCGCCAAUCUUUGUUUGAAGGACUUGGAGGGAUGGCUUAUCUUUUUCUUGACAUGAUUGUGCCCGCCAUGGCCAGGUUUCCGGGAUACGAUCUCUGAGGAUGGAAGGUCGAAGCAUGGAGAAUAGAACGUAUGUAUGUAUUUCGAAUUGCAUAAUAAAAUGGAGUUCCCAUCUUUCUUUCUUAA